UUAAAAUCCAUCAUAAAUCAUAUAUCAUACAUACAAAUGUGCUGUGCUGCAUAAUACACUGGAUAUAAAGAAAAAUAUUAACAUUGUUUCUUUUUUAAUUACAGAGAAAAUCGAAGAUAUCUUCCUCCCGAAGGCUGGGGUUGAAAAUUAGACUGUUGACAGUAGCUGCCCAGAUGCUGCAGGAGGAGAAAGAUCAGAAGGAUAAGGAAAGAGAAGAUGCACUUGCAGAAAGGCUUCCUCCUCUGAGUCUGUCUGGUUUGUCUUUGCAAGAGCUGCAGGACCUAUGCAAAGACUUGCACCACAAGAUUGAUGUUGUAGACGAGGAACGGUAUGACUGUGGUCUAAAGGUUAAUAAGAACAACAUGGAGAUUGAUAACAUGAGACUGAAGAUCACUGAGUACCAGAGUAAGUUCAAGAAGCCGAACCUGAAGAGAGUGAGGAUCUCAGCUGAAGCCAUGCUGAGCGUUCUGCUGGGCUCCAAACACAAAGAGUCCAUCGACUUCAAGGCUAACCUUAAAACAGUCAAGAAAGAGGAAGAAAAGGCACAGGAGGUCACUGACUGGCGUAAGAACGUGGAGGCCAUGUCUGGGAUGGAGGGAAGGAAGAAGCUUUUUGAUACUUCUGGAAACUAAAGAAACACACUAUUGCUGAACCUUUUAUGACCUGAUGCAAUAAAUGCAUUCUUUUACUUUUAAGGCUUUCAAAGACACAAAAAACAUCUAUUAAAAAAAUGUAUUUUGAUAUACUGCAGGGUGAAGCUGACAAACAUUUUAAAGUUUCUGCUUUCUUCAGAGGCGUACAUUAAAGAUUCACCAAGUUUAAGUAAUGGUAAAGAGAACCCGUUUUGCAUCAAGCACUUUUAAAGUUCUUUAUCUAAAUGGUGUAGUACUAUACUCAUUGUGUGACAAUUUGCAGCAGUUCUCUCCUACAGCCUUGAGAUGGCAGCAUCAUUCUUCAAAAUCUUUACUGUGUGCUGAAAAUCCUGUGGACUUCUGUUAAGAGUUUAAACUGUGUAGAAAUAUUAUUCCCUGAUGAAUUAACAGCUACUUGAGUGUUAAUGCUUGUGAACCCCCCUUUUGUUAGAUGUUUAAACUGCAUCAGUCAUUAAAGAUAUGAAAAAAGAAAAAGAAAAAUGAAA